GUCUUCUUCAUCAUUGCUAGCACCAUGAUAGGCCAUCAUGGGUUCUCACAUGACCCUGUUCACAUUGCAUUUUGAGGCUCAAAGGCCUUCACUUUAGAUGUGGAUCACUCUGGCAACAGGUCGCAUGCGCAGCCAAUUGUAGUUUAGUGCUGCCAAUUGCCGAGCGCCGUGACCUUCACCGACGGUCAGCCACCAGGACUAACUAAAACACAUUCUGGGCCUGGGCAUCCAAUGCAUAAUAAGCUGUACGAAUACGUCAGGCAGCUUCUUUUUAGACGCCAUGACCAUGACGCAUUUAUCGUCUUUCAUGUCUUAAUUCACACAAUCAACAACAUUCGCCGUUUAACCACGUAACAGGCGAGCAUCAGUAUCAUUUUCUUUCAUACAUUUUAUUUGAAUCGAGAACCACUCUACAGUUCCGAGAAUCAUCACCACAACCAAGCUUCAAUCAACAUGGCACCGCCGCCAGAAAUCGCCAUUCCUUCAACGAGCGUUUCCGACGAAGGCUCCAAGAAACCUUACACACUCUACAAUAUCACUCUUCGACUACCUCUGCGCUCCUUUGUCGUCCAAAAGCGAUACUCAGACUUCGAUGCCCUCCAUCAGGCUCUGACGCAACAAGUUGGAGCUCCGCCACCAGAACCCCUACCAGCGAAACACUGGUUGAAGUCGACUGUCAACUCAGUCGAAUUGACCCGAGACCGCCAGGCAGGACUCGAGAAAUAUCUACGAGCCAUUGCGGAGUCACCCGAUCGACGAUGGCGUGACACAUCAGCUUGGAGAGCCUUCCUGAACCUGCCAAGCUCGAGCACCACCAACUCGGCGAUAUCAGCGGGCGGUAUGAUUAAGAGUGCCGUUGCUGGUGCUGCUGAUCCAGGAACAUGGUUGGAUAUUCACCGAGACCUGAAGCAGAAUCUUCACGAGGCUAGACAAUGUCUGUCGCGACGAGAUGCUGCUGUAGAUAAUGGCAAUUCAACAGCCGCCGCAGAAGCAGGCGCAGCGGCCAAAAGGGUUCUCGUCCGAAGUGGAACGUUGAUCGCAACACUUGCGGAUGGGCUACGAAAGAUACAAGAGGCAAAACGACUCGGCGAGGGUGAGCUGCGGCGCCGCCGGGAUCUAGUUUCCCAAGCUCGAAUGGAACGCGAGGGCUUAGAUAAGCUUUCCAACAGCAUGCCCAAUUCCACAUCAGCUUCAGGAAGAGGCGGCUUAAGUCAAGGCCAGGCCUCAGCAACCGACAAAGCUGGACUACUGAAGGGAGGUCGUCCUGCUGGUCGUGUUCUUGGUGCUCCUUUGCCAGAGACUGAUAAGACACGAGAAUUGGGCAACGAGGGAGUGCUACAACUACAAAAGGAGGAAAUGCAGAACCAAGAUCUUGCUGUUGAACAGCUCACUGCAGUUAUUCGACGACAAAGAGAGAUGGGAGAGCGAAUCCAUGAAGAGGUCGAAGAUCAGAUCCGUCUACUGGAUGAACUGGACCAGGACACAGAUCGCACAGCGGCCAAACUGAAGGUCGCGAACAACCGGAUCAAGAAAAUGUGACAGCUACCUCUCCUACUACUGGUAAAGCUGGUUCUAUUUGUGGUACAAGUCGCCGUUUGGUGGCUUUGGAUUCUAAGGGUAUUAUCUAAUGGGCUAUCAUGGGUUGCAGACAUUGCGACAUUCCUGGUACAGAAUCGAUGGGGGAACGUUUGAUAUGGGCAUGCAAGGCGUCUUGUGUGGCUUUGGAUUGAAUUGGGGCUCUGAUUUGUAGGGUGCUUUAUACACCGAACUGAUGUUUGUAAAGUAAAGUAAUAAUAGAUUGACAGGCAAUGAAGGCUGAAUGCAUCACCGUUGAGAGCACAUGGAAG